UCAUUUAUAGUGCCUAAGUGCACCUUCUGUUUUCCCGGCCCGCUAAUAUCUGCUGUCGCUCAUCUUUCCGCUCGCCGCGGCGUCGCGCGCCGGCCCAGAUGCGACACGGGGGAACGACGAGGUUUUCAUGCUUUUAUUCGCAUGUGACAGUCCGGACUCAUGAUUAGUAUACACUAGUGACGUCUGCUGGCGAAUGGCUUCCCAUCGGAGCGCAGCGCCCUACAUGGAGAGCAGCUGAAACACUCGGGAACAGGGCAAACGGAGACACCAUGUGCACCUUGAUGUCUCUCUGUGACCCGCGUCAGUGAUUUUAUCACUGAUCCACCGUCUGUGCAUUGGUUGUCGUUGUGCGCAACCCUCAUCCAGAGAGGAGUUCUGGGUACCUUCAUGGCGGGGGAGAAGGGCCGUCGCAGCGCCAUGGAUAUCAAGCGCCUAGCGGGCCUUCUGCAGCGCGGAGCCGGGCGAUUGCUGGUCAUCGACAGCCGGACUUUCUCGGAGUACAACGCCUCGCAUGUGCACGGCGCCGUCAACGUCUGCUGCUCCAAACUGGUCAAGAGGAGGCUUCAGCAGGACAAGGUGUCAGUUACCGAGCUCCUCCAACCCAACGGAAAGGUCAAGGUUGAUCUGGGCCGGAGGCAGGAGGUGGUGGUGUACGAUCAGAGCACGAAAGACGCCGGUCAGCUUCCCAAAGACAGCUUCGUCCACAUCCUCCUGAGCAAGCUGGACGGCACCUUCCACAGGGUGUCUCUGCUGACAGGUGGUUUUGCAGCAUUCUCAUCCUGCUUUCCGGGCCUGUGUGAAGGCAAGCCAGUGGCCACUCUGCCUAUGAGCUUGUCUCAGCCAUGUCUACCUGUGGCAAAUGUUGGUCCCACACGAAUCCUGCCCCAUCUCUAUCUGGGCUCACAAAAAGAUGUACUGAACAAGGACCUGAUGGCUCAAAACGGCAUCACGUAUGUGUUAAAUGCAAGCAACACCUGCCCAAAGCCAGAGUUCAUCUCCGAAAGCCAUUUCAUGCGCAUUCCCGUCAAUGACAACUACUGUGAAAAACUCCUGCCGUGGCUAGACAAAACCAACGAGUUUAUUGACAAAGCCAAGGUUUCCAACUGUCGAGUCAUUGUCCAUUGUUUAGCCGGCAUCUCCAGGUCCGCUACCAUCGCCAUCGCUUAUAUCAUGAAGACAAUGGGCUUGUCAUCAGAUGACGCGUACAGGUUCGUGAAGGACCGCAGACCUUCGAUAUCACCCAACUUUAACUUCCUGGGACAGCUGCUGGAGUUCGAGAAAGGCCUGAGGUUGCUAAAAGCACUGUCCUCAGGACAGGAGAAGUUGGAGCAGUCAGAACCUAGAGGAGAAUCCUCCGGUGAUCCUGAAAAGGGUCGCCUGGAGGCUGAGAAGGACGGCACGGAAUUGGACGCCAAGCUACCUUCUCCAUCCUCCCUCCAGCAGGGCUUCAACGGCUUGAAUUUGUCGGCAGAGCGUAUCCUGGACACCAACCGGCUCAAGCGCUCUUUCUCGCUUGAUAUCAAAUCGGUCUACGAGCCCAACCACUGUCCUCGCCUCGUGCCUACGCAUACCGAGGAUGUUCCCAAACUCUGCAAGCUGGAUAGCCCAGAGGCCGGAGAAGCCAAUGGCGUAUGCCAGUACUCACCUAUCAGCCCAAGUUUAGCUGAAUCUCCAAGCCUCUUUCCUGAGAGCAGCUCCCGACCUCGUUCGCGGAGGAAAAGCAAGCACAAUGGUAGCAGCGCUGGAAGUUCUCCUGUGCAUACGCACAGCCUAAACUUCGGACACUCACUCCCCGCACACAAAAGCCCAAGUCUUGAAGACAAUCUCAAGCCCUCCCUGCUGCUCAGCCUUCCCACUGUGGGCACCGGGCCCAUGUGGACCAAGCAUCGAGACACCGUACAGGCCACGACCCCUGUUACGCCAACAGGCGAAGCCCCUUGGUUCUACAGCUCGGAGUCAAUGAACAGUAACGGAGGCGGAGGAGGAGCGGUACACUUUCCUGCACUGGGGUGCAGCAGCCUCCCCGGCCCAUGCGAGGCUGUGCGUCUACGGGAGAAGGUGGGGGAGCCUCGAGACUCGAGGGGCAGCUGGCACGAGGACGCUCCCACUUCCAGCGCCGCCGAUAAGCAGUUCAAGAGGCGCAGCUGUCAGAUGGAGUUCGAAGAGGGGAUAUCGGAGACACGUUCACGGGAGGAACUGGGGAAGAUCAGCAAACAGUCCAGCUUUUCUGGAAGCAUGGAAAUCAUUGAAGUAUCCUGACAUCACCUGCACAGCCCUUGGGGACUUUACGCACAGACGAACGGGCGCCACUUAUGAGCAAGAAUGACUAAGAGUGGGGCCUGGCGAGGCUGUGGAACAUUCAUAUUAGUUCAUAGACUUCUCAGAAAUGGGAGUUUUUUGUCUUUUUGAGCCGGUGGAACCGGACGCAGAUUGACUUUGCUUUGUCUUUCUACUGUUUUUAAGCCAUAGCCAUCCCCAGAUGACAACGAGCUGAGACUGCAGUCGCAGAAUCGCCCCCCUGUUCCUCAUAAAAGCUUUACCAGCCUUUUUGGUGUAUUGAGAAUCAAGCAUGGCUGUUACGCUCACACUUGUUUCUUUUAUUACGCCGCCCUGGACAGCACAAGGAGUCAGCACAGACUAAGCCUCGGUGGUACAUGCUUUUACUGGCUGAAUGAAGGCCUCUUUGUGCACCCUGCUCCUGUAUCCCAGCAUUCAUGGAAUCCUGGAGGAGGAACCAGGCAUGUCAUGAAGGAAACGCAUUGUGGGCGUUUUCCCAUAAUGUUCUCUGUCAUUCUUUUGUUACCCAGAUUUCAGGGUCUUGUCCUUCCCCUCCUGUGCCCAAGUGGUGAUGCUCGAACUGUUGCGCAACCCACGUUCCUCUCACUAAGCAUGCGUCAAGGCUGCUGAUUUUCCUUACAGACGAAUAGUAUACGAACACGAACGUUUCCUUAGUUACAGUUUUAAUUUAUUCUACUGGUUCAUUCUGGUAAUGAGAAAUAAUAUAAAGAUUGUGGAGUUUUUAUUUUUCCUCCUUCUCAGUGUUGAUCUCUCUUUUUCAGUGAUAUGUACAAAAACACACUCGCGAAACUGAUACGCAACUACAAGCAAUAUGUGUUUUUACUUUUUUUGUUUCUCCUCUUUUGACUUUAUAAGGGAGUGCCGGUUAUUACCAGGAUGUUUAAAUGCACUUUCUGUUGCUUUAAGAGGGAAGUUUUUGGACGUUCUCAUUAAAAGGGUACCACAACGCUUUACGAAAAAAAUCACGUGUAACCAUUGAUGUCCUGCGGUGUGUGUCACAAACUAAAGCAUAUUUGGUAUGGCUUUCGUUUGUCUCUCCGGCCUGCUGGCUUGAAUUAUUAAAGACUUUAAUCCAGCAUGAAUAAUCUAGAGUCAUCUAGAAGAAAAUAUGUAUGAUACCCCAGCAUUGUCAAAUGAGUAGCGACUCAUUUUGAUUUUCAACAAUUUGAUUUUUGUAUUAACAAGCACACGAGACAAAAUGAAGGGAUGAAAAAGAAAACAUGACAGGGACUCUAAAGGGGUUUGUCUGUGUCCCCCAUUUGUUCUGCAUAUUUAUGACAUUAUUUAUUGUUUGUUUGGGUCUGAUUGCGGGAGGAUGUGUGGAUGGAUGUUGCGAAUGCCUGACAGAUGGACCCUUUGCAGAUGCUCAUGUAGACUGACAACUUAAGAGAGAGGAGAUAAAUCCCUAAACUAGACGCAUUUAAACCUGGUUUCUAUUGGAUCGUAAACAUUAUAUGAAAGACCAGUAACUGAUAAGAACAGAAUCUGCACUACGGUGACAAUACAUUCUGCUUGCUUUCUUCUCAGGGGAGCUUUUAAUGAGUCAAUUCCAUGUCUGAGCUCUGAGCUUUCUCUUUAGCACCGAUUUCUCUUCUACUCUUUCUCUCCUUUCCCUUCAUCCUCUCUGUUUCAUCUCUAGAACGCUCCAAAGGUUAAAUAUAACACAGAAAGGGUGUGUUUGUGUGCAAAUGUGAAUGGGAGAUAGUUCAGCGAUUUAUUUAUGUCUGUAUUUUUCAGUUAGCUUUUCUGUAUGGCAAAUCUUGUAUUUGUGCUGCUGUAAUUUGUUUUCCUUGUGUGAGACAUUACCUGUAUUUCCUUUUCCUUCCCUGUACUAUAAUUUUAAAGACAUUGUUAUCAUUAUUUAAAACAUGUAAUAAAAGAUGCAGGCUGUCCUUUUUUGCUGAAA